AUGUGGAAGCUCUGCCGCAAGUAUGGCUUACGUCAAUUGGAUCUCUCCUUACUGUCUCAACUAUGGGCGCUUAACGAUUCCAUACAGGAAUUUCGCACUAUAAUACAAGAACAAGAUCAAGAAGAUUCGUUCUCACAUUCUCCGUCGCCCGCAUCAUAUGACUCAGCCUCUUCGGAAGGUGAUGAUGAAAUGCUAGCCGCUCAACGUAGUGCUGGUGCGAUACCAAAAAUCAUAACAACGCAACCAAAAUUAAAGAAAUCAAAUUCCAGUAAAUCUGCAAAUAUGGACAGAAAUCGUCCCAUUUCACCAACUUUCACAACUCAACUAAAUUCCGCAGAUACACAAACACAGGCAAACAAGGCAAAUUUAAAUAUGCCAUUUUAUGCAACAGCAAUACAGUCGCAAUGGCAACCUCAGCAACAACAACAACAGAAGCCGCCAAUACCGAAACCACUCGAUUUGAAACCAGUGCCACGCAUGCGCAGCGCACCGCCACCACCACCUACAGUUCGGAAAGCAGCAGCACCGCCACGCCCUACAUGA